CUUAAUAUUAUUUCUCUCCGCAAACCCCAACCCAAAAAUUUCCAAAUUAUCAUAACAUAAAAGAGAGAGAGAAUUCUGUGGAACAACAACAAGAAAGUGGCAACCCAAACAAAAAAGCUUUCAAAUUUUCUCUGGGUUUUAUCCAACCUUACUGCCGAAAGAAGAAUUUUUCAUGGAGGUUAGCCGGAAAAUGGUCAACAUGCUGGAAACUGAUCUCUGUCUCGGCCUCCCCGGCGGCGGUGGUGGCGGCGAGCCGGAGACUCCCAAAGCUAAUGGAAAAAGAGGGUUCUCUGAAACCGUUGAUCUGAAACUCAAUAUCCAAUCUAAGCCUGGAGUUACCGUCGAUCUGACUCCACAGAAUAACAAUACUUCAACUGAUGAGGAGAAUCUCAUAAGCUCCAAAGAUCCUGCAAAGCCACCUGCCAAGGCACAAGUUGUGGGAUGGCCACCAGUGCGAUCCUACCGGAAGAAUGCGAUGUCUCAAAAGAGCCCUGACGGCGGAGAGAAAGGCGGAAGCAGCAGCGGUUCGGCUAUGUUUGUCAAAGUUUGUAUGGAUGGCGCACCUUAUCUGCGAAAGGUGGACCUAAAGAUGUACAAAAGCUACCAAGAACUCUCAACCGCCUUGGCCAAGAUGUUCAGCUCCUUUACCAUGGCCGGUGACUAUGGGGCCCAAGGAAUGAUAGACUUCAUGAAUGAGAGCAAGUUGAUGGAUCUUCUGAACAGCUCUGAGUAUGUGCCAACCUAUGAAGAUAAGGAUGGUGAUUGGAUGCUGGUGGGAGAUGUACCUUGGGAGAUGUUUGUUGAUUCAUGCAAGCGCUUAAGGAUAAUGAAAGGAUCAGAAGCUAUUGGACUUGCCCCAAGAGCAAUGGAAAAAUGCAAAAGCAGAAGCUAAAGAGAAGGUUUAUGGAGGAGGUGGGUUGCUUCAUGAUUUGGUCGACUCAUAAUUAAGCAAGAAAGAAGGGGGCAAUACAGAUGGAUCUUGUUUGAUUGCAAUAUCUGUACUUUUUUUUUUUUUUUUUUUUUUAAUUUUUAAUGUUAUGAUUCGUAUAUAGAUAUUAAAAGAGAUUUGGGACAUUAAUUAAUUUGUAAUAGCCAACAAGAAAAAAAAUAAACUCUCUCUCCUAGUACUCUGUCUGGCUGUUUGUUUGUUUGUUUUGCUUUUUAAAUGUUUGGUUUAUUACAAAAAAGAACUAUAAUGGGCUUUGCUUUUAUA